CAAAAAUCGGGGGCGCACAGAGUGCGUCGAAGUGUAUGAAUUGGUGUAACAGUAUUUCAGUUUGUCGUAUACAUAGUGUCCUUUUUCUUCAUAGAACGAAAAAAGCAAAAUGCCGCCGUGCUUGUGGUACAGUGGGACUUUAAACGAGCUACGGGACUUCCUCGCAGAGCGUUUGACAUCUAAACUUCCCCCUCACCCCUUCGACCACUGGAUGCGGUGGAAGGCGUUUUUUGAUCGGGAUCCUCCCGCCGGCCUCAAACUGGGUUCGCAAGACCUGCGGAAUAUACUCUUAUGAGCUGGAUUCUAGUUUUUUGCCCAUACUUGUUCUGACGUUGUUUCUUUCUUAUUCGAAGUGAUAGUGCACGAAAGUGCAAAAAGUAGAGCGUGAUGAUGGUCGCCGAAGCCGUACGUUGAUCGGAUUCACUUGUUUUGGGUUGUAACUCCUCUAAGAGCCCCGAAUGAGAAAAAGAAUUUGGCAGACAAGAUCAGCCAUGUACGACUGUGGAUCAAGUUCCCGGGAUAUGGUUAUGUGCUUACAAUCUCAAUCUCCUGGAGUGGCGCCAUCCAAUAUUCUUGGGCCUUUCCAGUCUUUCAGAGUCACGACUCCUAUCUCUAUCCGGGUCUGUUUCCGUUUUAGCGAUAUGGCUCCACAAAGAGAAUACGCGUGACUACGUGUGUCCCGCGCAUUGUUUCCCACGGCUUUCAUUUCAACGCGAAGAACGGGCUUUUGCCGGAGGAGGGUUCUUCAGUUCCGACGCAGAUUAUGGCUGACGUGGUUUUUGAGGGCCGCAGGGUUGAUACGUCGUGCACUGUAAACGGGCUCCCCGCCUUUCUCUACUACGUGGAUAAGGGGGUCGCCCUCGCCGGCCAAAGUCUUACUAGAC